UCAGUUCGAUUAAGAUAAGAGAGAUGAUGUAUCUCAUAAAAGCCUAAAAUACCGCUUUUUUAAAAACCAUAUUCAAUGAAAGUUCAGCAAGACAACAUGUCUAAUAUCAUCAGUCAUUUUAUUAAGCAUCUAAUUAUUUUGAUUUUUCGUCUUAUGUUUGCCUUAAUGAAAAUUUUUUUUGUACGGUUUUUAUUCUGUAAUCAAUGAAAACAUUGAUUAUUACUCUAAUUUGGAUAAAUUAUAAGAAUGGAACAAAUAUAAAUUACAUACUCGCGAGAAAUAAGCUAUCAAAAAAUUGAACCUCUGGAUAUUAUAUGCAGCAAACAUAAAUUUGACCUACGUAUCGAAUCGUUCAGUGAUUAUCUUAUGAUAUAUUAUUGACAGAUAAUUUAUUGUAAUCUAACUAUCUCGAAACUAACAUAUUUUUGUACAGAUUUAAUUUUCAAUUUAUGUGCAAAAAGAAUCGAAACAAUUUUCGAGCAUGUGCGAAUGUAAGCUUGGUAAACAAAAAAGCAAAAAAUUUAUUCUCAAAAAGGAAAUAAUAAACUGCUAACUAUCAACGUUCAGUACGUCACUAAUUUUGGUCUCAAUUCUUGAACACGUUAUUAUUUAUCUAUUGUAGAUACACAUUAUCAGUAUACGUGUACUAACUCGUUUACCUCGAUUAAUAUGACCUCUUAUAAGGUAUACGUAUUUUACACUUGUGCCUGUAAUACAAUAGAAGGUCUUGACACUUUCGUACGUAAAUGGUCUGAUGCACAAUUAUGCAGCAGUUAACAUUAAUGACCUUUCCAAGUCUGGUUUGAAGCUUAAUGCCAGUCUACAGUAUGCACAUACAGAUUAUGGGUAAUGACCUAACUGCUUGACUUGUCAACAAGUACUCUAGUUCGAAAGUGGCUUUCAGUUAAGACGGAGCUCAUCUGAUUACGGGAAGCAAAUAUUUGAUGUUUUAAGUUGUUGCAGGUCUACGGAACAUUAGUAAUUAUGAUUGCUAGAAGAAUUUUUAUAGAUUGGCGUACAUCGCAAUGGAUUCACAUUCGCAGACUGAGCUCUUCACGAAUACCAGAAAUGCCAGCAUGUGAUCAUCAACCUUCUGUGUACCAUGGUGAAAGCUAUGAUGUUGUGAAGAAGGUAAUUUCCUCCCACGUUGCACCCUGUCAGGUUCCUUUCUACAAGAAACCGCUCCUGAUCUACGAAGGAUAUGGUCAGUGGCUCUGGGACCAUGAGGGAAAGAGAUAUCUUGAUAUGUUUGCUGGUGUAGCUACAGUCUCUAUCGGACAUUGUCAUCCAAAAGUGGUAUCUGCGGCGUCGCAUCAAAUGAGAUGCCUUGGACACACGACACCGAUUUAUAUGCAGCCUCGCUUACACGAGUAUGUGACAAAAUUGUUGGAAAAACUCCCGGAAGACUUGUCAGUUGUUUACUUGGUCAACAGUGGCUCUGAAGCAACGGAGCUCGCCUUUCUGAUGGCUCGUCUUCACACCGGUGCUUAUGACAUCAUUUCCUUGAAAAAUUCCUAUCAUGGUGGUAGCCAAGCAGCAGCAGCCUCUACCGCAAUGUCAACCUGGAGAUAUCCCGUGCCUCCACCUGCUGGAUACAUCCAUGUCACAAACCCUGAUGUCUAUCGUGGUCCUUGGGGUGGAUCAAGGUGUCGGGAUAGCCCACUUGCACUUGGUCAGAGAAAAUGCGAAUGUGAUGAUGGAAAUUGCGCUGCCUCUGAUAAAUACCUUGAAAAGUUAGAAGAUAUUUUCAGAUUCAGCCUUCCAAAUAACGGUCGAGUUGCUGCUUUCAUAGCAGAGAGUAUACAGGGUAUUGGUGGAACUGUGCAAUAUCCUAGAACAUACUUGCGUAAAGCUUACGAUCUCAUCCAUCACCAUGGUGGUGUCUGCAUUGCCGAUGAAGUGCAAACUGGAUUUGGUCGGACAGGAGGAAAUUUCUGGGGAUUCGAAGGUCAUGGGGUUCAACCCGAUAUUGUAACCAUGGGAAAGGGUAUAGGAAAUGGUUUUCCUAUGGGCGCAGUUGUUACUAAACCAGAAAUUGCCAGCAGUCUGAAGAAAGCUCUUCACUUCAACACUUUUGGUGGUAAUCCAGUGGCCUGCGCCAUAGGAUCCGCAGUAUUAAAUGUCAUUGCGGAAGAAAAACUCCAAGAAAACGCGCUGCAAGUGGGGACUUAUUUGAUCGAAAGAUUGGGGGCUUUACAAUUGGAUCAUCCCUCGAUAAUUGGAGAUGUAAGGGGGAAAGGUUUAAUGAUUGGCGUUGAAUUAAUUUGCAAUCCAGAAACUAGAAAGCCACUGCCAGUGCCCCAAAUGCUCAAUUUAUUUGAAGAUAUUAAAGAUAUGGGUGUGCUUGUUGGGAAAGGUGGACUUUACGCGAAUGUACUGAGAAUAAAACCCCCAAUGUGCAUCACAAAAGCGGAUGCAGAUUUCACAGUUGAAGUAAUAAAUCGAGCAAUUAAGAAAUCUAAACUUCAAAAUUGGCAAAAUAAGGAGUAUGUAUUUUGUAGCGGUAUAUGAUAAUCACACUGGUUAUGCAAAAUUUUUUUAUGUGGUUCUUUAAUUUUUUUAAAAUAAUUUUUCAUCCUAGAAACUAAUUUAUCAUAUUUGUAUUAGUUUGCUGUAUCUUUUAUAAAAAAUUUUACCUGCUCAAUAUUUACAUUAACAUUGAAAAAGACAGUAAAAAAUAAGAUUAGUAACAAAAUAUUUUAUUAUUUCAUAAGCAUAUAUACGUACAAUUUGGGUAACACUGAAAACACAAUACACAUUUCAAUUAUCAAUUAAUUUGCCGAGAAAGGCAUUUUAUAACUUUUUAAAAAUAAAUAAUUAUAUGAUUAAAUUUAACUGUGAGUGAACGUUUUAUGUUUCGAAUAUCCACCACAGUGAAAAUAUUUUACUCAUACUAAACCUGACAGUUAACAAAUAUGCUACAUGUGAUACGUAUAUUAUAUAUACAUAAAAUCCAUUGUAUAUUCCAAUUGAUUUGCAUAGUUACUGCUUAAGCGGUGCAAUUUAAAUAAUGUACAUAUUUCAUUAGUGGGUUUCGAAAUUGACGCUACGAAAGCAGACCUACCAUAUAUGUAUAUUAGGGUGUUCAAAAAAAAAAUUUUUUUCUUGGAAUCAGGUUAAUUUUCAUUUAGGUCUAACAAAACGCCUUAUAAAAUUUGAGCUCUUAAUAUUAACA